AUACAUACAGCCACUACACUGGCCCUAAUACGCUUCCGUAGUAUCUGGACAUUAACCGAUACAAAGCCAAACGAUCUCUGAACUGAUGUGUAUAAUCUCAGAUCAGUCAUCGAAACGGAAAUAGUGUCAAGUCGCCGACCUGGCUUAUAUAAACAUCGAACAGGAUUUUCCGACUGGUCUGUAUGAAGGAGUAGGGAUUCAGAGGAAGACACGCCGACAGCCUAUCAUCUGUACGCACAACAAACAUGAAUCGGCAGUUGUAUACGAAGCUUGUUCAGAGGGCGGUGUCUGACCCAGUCGUACGCUCAGGCAUGAAGUUAUCAAAGAGGCUGAACUUGUUUCAGGCAAUAGCAGCACGACCCAUGGCGCCACGUGAACUUGCUACUGAGCUACACAUGAAGGACAGGUUCGUAUGGGAGCUAAGCCAGGCGAUGAUGGCAUCAGGCGUUAUUGAGAUGAAUAAAGGGGGAAACUUGUCCAUACCGACCGACUGCACUGAGAUUUUGUUAUCGGCGACUGAUAAAGCUGAGUGGGAACCCAACCUUCUAAAGACACUACCUAUCCUUGAGCAAUGUUUUCCGGAGAGUGGAAAACCUGGUUACACCCUUGAUGAAGCACCGUUCGUAUUGGAUCUGGUAAAUCAAGUUCGAUCCCCGUACACAGCCAAACUUGUAGAUGGGCUCAUACAAAAUAUGGAAAUCUACCAUCCAGAUUCAAAAAACCUAAGAAAUAUUCUGGAUGUUGGAUGUGGAACAGGAAGUAUUACCAUUCCUCUGGCCAGAGGCAUGCCGGGAGUGAAUGUUAUCGGAUGUGAUACAUCAGAUAAAGCCAUAUUGGCCGCGUCAAAAUCUUCGGUAAGAGAUAGUAAUCUAUCAUUCGUUAAAGUAGACGGCGAGAGAUACCAAGAGGAUUGGAUGAAAAAGUUUGAUGUAGUCGUCCUGUUUGAUGUUCUUCAUGACCUUCCACACCCCGAGAAGACCAUGACGGAAAUUAAAAAAGUGUUGAAGGACGACGGAAUCAUGGUUAUCCUUGACCCAGAUGUCAGUAGCGAUCCAAUGAAAAACAUUGGAAACCUUCACGCCGCCAAUGCGCUGACAUUCAGCUCAUUCUACUGUGUCCCCAGCAGCUGUUGCCAUGAGCACAGUGCCGCUUUAGGUAUCAGCUGGGGUAGUGAGAAUAAGGAGCGGUUCCUGAACGAGCUGGGGUUGACCGUUCGGAAUAGGAUUUCACUACUAAAUAGCAUGUUCUUUCAUACAUUUGUCUGCGUUAAAACCUCUUCGAUAGCAGGCGGAAAGAAAAAGUAAAGACCAUGCAGUCUCUAAAAUUUCUUACCGGUAAUUAGCUGAUGAAACAGUUAACACAAUGUUAUAAUAGCUGUCCAUUUUCUCUCGAAUAUUACAUGUAUUCUUGUUAUACCCAACUCGAUGAUAUUACACCGGUAAAUAAUCGCCACCUUAAAUUUGUAUGCUAACAGAGGUGACUUGCAAGAGGACCAAUUCACCGCAAAUAUAUGUAGCACACAUACAGGACUCUAAUGAGAAUAUUUAAAUGUAUACAUAUGUUGAUGAUAAUUAACAGAUAUAAGUAUUUUGAGCACUUCAUAGUCUUUGUUACGUAUAUGCAUUAGCAGGUUUCAUUGUUUUACAUUGAUACGUCUGACUAAUGAAAGUAAUAUGCAUACUAUAUACAUUUACUUGUUUAUGAUAAUAAAGAUCCUGCCAAUGUUUAGUA